GUUUGCGAAAAAAGUCGAAAAAUUUUGGAUUCGAGUUAUGUAGGCGUAGAAACCAUUUAUUGGCAUCCUUUAGCCAUUAGAAGUCCACAAAGUGGAGAAGACAUGGAAUAUCAUAUCGCUUUAUUGAAGCUGAAAGAAGAUUUAGAUUUUGAGGGAUCAAAUGGAAAAAUAGGUAAAAUAAAAAUUUGCGUUAGGGAUGUGGCAUAUUUGGCUGAAAUUUGGGAGUAUGUUACAGGAGAGGUUGUAGGAUGGGGCUGGACAACUGAAAAAACAUGCUGUGGCAUUUCAGACCAAUUAUUAGCAACACACCAAGAUGUUAUAACAAAUUAUGAAUGUCGUCGAAGAUUAGACCAACGAUUAACUGGCUCUUCUCUCAGACAGCAGAUUAUACCCCAUUGUACAGUUUUUUGUACGGAUGAUACCAAAAUCACAAUGGAUGAUAGAGCAUACCUGUGUAAAACGGACACAGGCGUCCCAUUUAUUGUGAAUAACACAUUAUACGGUAUUGCAACAUGGUUUAUGGCAGAAUGCUCAGUAUUUCCAGACCAAAAAAAGACUCGAAUCGUUAUGUACAAUCGACUGUCAUGUUAUGGACUAUAUAGUUGGAUAACGGAAACAACCAUGAAAAUUACAAAUAAAUUAUUAUAA